GGAAACCCAGAGCCCACUGGGCCGGAGGCGGUCGUCAAAAGGGAGACCUGACGGGGCCGCUCCUGCCUCCCGCUGACCAUAGAGAUGCGGCUCUCUCUGGUCCGGGACCCCGAGGUGGGUGACCGAGGAGGAAAGGGAGGCGGACGGGGAGGGAGCGGAGGAGAGAAGGCCCGGGCGUAGGCCCGGAGAGGAGAGCCCUCUCCGCCCUCCCGAUAAUCGCGAGGAGGGCCCGGAAAGGGAGACUGAGAACUGGGCCCUCGAGUCGCUCGCUUUCCCCGGCGUGGAAGGAAGGAGCCGGGGAGCCCCAGCCCAUCCUGAGCGGUUUUAGAGCCGCGCCCACCCUGCCAGUAACCCCCCGCGAAUGUUACCCCCCCCAAUUACAUACCCGCCUCCCGCGUCAGGGCUCCGCCCAGGGAGGAAAAUCCGACAGCCCCGAAGAAGCGACGAACCGGGCGCCAAGAUGAGAAAACUGAGAACCAGAGAAGUUAAAUGACUUGUUCAAGGUCACACAGUUGGCUUACUAGCAUCCCAAGGAAGUGCAGCAACCACAUGGGAGGUGAUGACUGAUACUGUAUUGGACCCACAACAAGGGAACAGCAAUAAGGAAAUGGAUGGGCUCUGCCCUCAGCUGUUACUGCUGCCCCUCCCCCUUCCUGACCGUGGGGCCCCAGGGCCAGUUCAGAGCCCUUCCUUCUCUGAGACCCUCCCACCUCUGUCUACCAACUCAAACUGCCUGCUUGUGGGAGCCACAGCAACAGAGGGCAAUACAGGAAGCAUGGAAAUCUUCGUAGAAGCUGUCACUGGAGACUUGUCCCAGAGUGCCCCUGGAGAGACCCCAGGUGUUCUGGUGAAGGUGGUGAAGCUGUACUUUUGUGAAGGCUGUGAGCAGAGUUUUCCUGAGCCCACAUUGCUGGCCCUGCACCAUUGUCCCAAGACCCUAUUGCAAUCCAGGGGCAGCCCGUCUGGCCCCCAGCAGUCUGCAGAACUUAACCCUGGGGAUUCCAGCCUCCCCAGCCCCCCACAGGGGCACAGCCCACCAGAUGGGAAGCCCCUGCCAUGCCCAGUGUGUGGGCAAGAAUUUGCCCAGCCACAGGCACUGAAAAGCCACUUCAAGAGCCAUCAGGUCACCCCUGAGGCCUUCUCCUGCUCUGAGCCAGGAUGUGAGUUCUUGACCAGAGAACACAGGGAGCUACAGGACCACCUACAAAGGGCCCACAGCCUGGUCCCAGUGCCCUGCUCCUUUCGUGCCUGCCCCUUGCUCUUUGGAAGCCAGCAGAGCAUGGAACUUCACCGCCGUUCCCACUACCCCUUCCAGUGCAGCCACUGCAGCUACAUGGGCUCUAAUGCCAAGCUGUUCUGUCAGCACCAGCAAAGCCACCUACCUGGGGCUCACAGGGAGCCAGCUCCUAGCCAAGACCCCUCUUCUCGGGAGGUGCAGCCAGCCCCCGAGCAGUCCCCUGGUGAAGGGAAACCUUCAGAAGGAGCAGGCAGCUCCCUGCUUGGCAGAAUAUCAGUGCAAGAGGAGGAGGAGGAGGAGGAGGAGAAGGAAGAGAGUGGAAAGGCCCUUCUUUCUCCUGAGGAGAAAAAUGUAGAUGAAGAGAGUGAAGCCAAGGUGGGGAGUAGCAAGAAAGUCCAAAAGACACGAAAAGGGACCCGGCAAUUCAAAGGAGACGUGGCUGCUGGCUCUGAAUCCUUGUUCAAGACCCACAUGUGCCCAGAGUGUAAGCGCUGCUUCAAGAAGCGGACCCACCUGGUGGAGCAUCUGCACCUGCACUUCCCAGAUCCCAGCCUCCAGUGCCCUAACUGCCAGAAGUUCUUCACCAGCAAGAGCAAACUCAAAAUCCACUUGCUUCGGGAGCUGGGUGAGAAGGCACACCGCUGUCCCCUGUGCCACUACCGGGCUGUGGAGAAGAACGCCCUGAACCGGCACAUGGCCAGCAUGCAUGAGGACAUCUCCAACUUCUACUCGGAUGUCUACACCUGCCCUGUGUGCCGUGAGGAGUUCCGCCUCAGCCAGGCCCUCAAGGAGCACCUGAAGAGGCAUGCAGCUGAGCCCACGCGCCUCCACUGCUUCCAGGAGGGCUGCGGCCACGCCGCCCCAGACCGGAAAGCCUUCAUCCGGCACUUGAGAGAGGCCCAUGGGGUGCGAGCUGUGGAGUGCCGGCACCAUGCUUGCCCCAUGCUCUUUGCCACGGCGGAGGCCAUGGAGGCCCACCGCAAGAGCCACUAUGCCUUCCACUGCCCACAUUGUGACUUCGCUUGCUCCAACAAGCACCUAUUCCGCAAGCAUAAGAAACAAGGGCACCCGGGCAGUGAGGAACUGCGCUGCGCCUUCUGUCCCUUCACCACCUUCAACCCCGUGGCCUACCAAGACCACGUGGGCAAGAUGCACGCCCAUGAGAAGAUCCACCAGUGUCCCGAGUGCAGUUUUGCUACUGCCCACAAGAGGGUGCUCAUCCGCCACACGCUGCUCCACACUGGAGAGAAACCCCACAAGUGUGAGCUGUGUGAUUUCACCUGCCGAGAUGUGAGCUACCUGUCCAAACACAUGCUGACCCACUCAGACGCCAAGGAUUACAUGUGUACCGAGUGUGGCUAUGUCACCAAGUGGAAGCACUACCUCAGUGUGCACAUGCGCAAGCAUGCCGGCGACCUCAGGUACCAGUGCAAUCAGUGUUCCUAUCGCUGCCACCGCGCUGACCAGCUGAGCAGUCAUAAAUUGCGUCACCAAGGCAAGUCCCUCAUGUGUGAGGUUUGUGCGUUUGCUUGCAAACGCAAGUACGAGCUGCAGAAACACAUGGCCUCCCAGCACCGCCCAGGCGCUCCGGCCCCGCUGUACCCCUGCCGAUACUGCAGCUACCAGAGCCGCCACAAACAGGCCCUGCUGAGCCACGAGAACUGCAAGCACACGCGCCUGCGAGAAUUCCGCUGUGCCCUCUGUGACUACCGCACCUUUAGUAACACCACACUUUUCUUCCACAAACGCAAGGCCCACGGCUAUGUGCCCGGAGACCAGGCCUGGCCAAACCGCCAUGCCAGCCAGGAGCCGGAGGGCACUGAGCAGGGCUCUGCUCCCCUGCCAGUCCCAGAGCUCUCCAGCCAGCCUUCUCCCCAGCAGGGGGCACAGUGCCCCCAGCCCAUGGAGUCAGUCGAGUCCCACUUUACACAGGCACUGUCAGAGAUUUGCCUGGAGAAGGGAGAGGGAAAAGAAGGGGAGAACAGUGUCCCCCAUGGGGGUAACUUUGUGGGGCCGUCUCCCAGUCCUGCAGAGGUGGAUGAGGAGGGCUGCACCCUGCACCUGGAGGCACUCAGUGUUGAGCUGGAGCCUGCUGCUGGGCCUCCCCCCAGUGAAAUCACAGAGACAUCCUGUAUGGAAUUUGGGGAGCUGGGCUCCUCUGAAGCCUUGGCAUCAGAGGAGCCAGAUGGCACAAUGGAGGCUCUGCCUGACUUUGAGGAAGAGCCAGAGCCCCACAGUGGUGGUCAGCCUGGGUUGCAGGCUCGGGGGGAGCCUGUGCUAGACAGGCCGGGCCCUGAUUCCCCCAGAAAUCCCAUACCUUCAGAUGACCCCCCUGAUAACUUAAAGGGACCUGGUACGCCGCCUCCGUCACCUGGGGCAACAUCCCUGUCCCAGCUCCCUCAGUCAGAAUCGGUGCUCAAAGCACUAAGGAGACGUGACAAAGAGCAGGCAGAGACCCUAGUGCUGGAGGGACGGGUGCAGAUGCUGGUGGUGCAGGGGGAGGGACAGGCCUUCCGCUGUCCGCACUGCCCCUUUGUCACCCGCCGUGAGAAAGCUCUGGGGCUCCACACCAAAACAGGGUGCCAGGGCCGCCGGGAGCCCCUCCUCUGUUCAGAAUGUGGGGCCAGCUUCAAGCAACAGCGUGGGCUUAACACCCACCUCCUUAAGAAGUGCCCUGUCCUGCUCAAGAAGAAGUCUUUGCUCAAACCAGCUUCCCCUGCCCUUCCGGACCCUCAGCCUGUUGUUACUGUUGCUACAGAGAUCAUAACUGAGGAGACACCCCAUUCUGAGGCCUGGGAAAUUAAGCUAGUCUCCAUGGAAAAUCCCCCCACUGAGCCUCCCAUGUCCCCCAUGGGAGUCAGUGAAACUGGCGGCCCACCAUCUGACCCACCAGCCCCACCAGAAGAACAUUCCGCCCCCCUGGGAUCCCCUGAGAAAUUCCACUUCGAGCAGGGGAAGUUCCAUUGCCACGCCUGCCCCUUCCUUUGCUCCCGUCUCUCAUCCAUUACCUCCCAUGUAAGCGAGGGCUGCCGAGGCCAAACCUGGGGCGGCCAACGUGGUGCCUGUCAAACUGAGCCAGGCUCAAGCACUGGGGAAAAGAGCUCCCAAGAUGAGCCAGGCCCCACCGGGGAGGAUUGUGCCCAGGGGCCCCAGAAAGGGCCCCGGUUCUCCUGCCCUACUUGCCCUUUCAGCUGCAGGCAGGAGCGGGCUCUCAGGACACACCAAGCUCGGGGCUGCCCCAGCACUGAGCCCAGAGAACUGUGCUGCAGCCUCUGCCCCUUCACCGCCAGAGCUCCGGCUGCUCUGCGGCUGCACCAGAAGCGGCGGCACCACACAGCCGCUGCCCCUUCCCGUGCAGCGUCAGCCCCCCGGGGUCCUCGACCCCUGCUACAGUGCCAGGACUGUAGCUUCACCUGCAAGCAGAGCCGGUGCCUGCAACAGCACCGGCGGCUGAAACACGAAGGACUCAAGCCCCACCAGUGCCCCUUCUGUGAGUUCUCAACCACACGGCGCUACCGCCUGGAAGCUCACCAGUCCCGGCACACAGGAGUGGGCCGCAUCCCCUGUGGCUCCUGCCCCCAGACCUUUGGCACAAACUCCAAGCUACGCCUGCACAGGCUGAGGGUCCAUGACAAGACACCCACCCACUUUUGCCCACUGUGCGACUACAGCGGCUACUUGCAGCAUGACAUCACCCGACACCUCAACAGCUGCCAUCAGGGAACUCCAUCUUUUGCCUGUCCCCAGUGUGAAGCCCGCUUCAGUUCAGAGACGGCGCUGAAGCAGCAUGCACUGAGGAGACACCCGGACCCCAUGCCCCCAGCUCCAGGCUCUCCCACUGAGGCCUCUGAAGGCCCUCUCCGCUGUCCCCUCUGCGGCCUCUCUUGCCCCAGCCCCGCCAGCCUGCGAUGCCACACUCGCAAACAGCACCCCAGGCUGGAGUGCAGUGCGUGCCAGGAGACAUUCUCCAGCCGGGGGGCCUUGGAGGAGCACCGGAGGCAACAGCACUUCAGCCAUCGUUGCCACCUGUGCAGCUUUGCAGCUCGGGAGCGGGCAGGGCUCGUGAGGCACUAUCUGGAGCGGCACGAGAAGGCGGCGGUGGGGGAUGGAGGGAGUGGAGGGGCAGCGGGGGGCCCCCCCCUGCGCUGCCCCUUCUGUGACUUUGCUUGCCGCCACCAGCUGGUUCUAGAUCACCACGUGAAGGGGCAUGGGGGGACGCGAUUGUACAAGUGCACUGACUGUGCAUACAGCACUAAGAACAGGCAGAAGAUCACUUGGCACAGCCGUAUCCACACUGGGGAAAAGCCAUACCGCUGUCACCUCUGUCCCUACGCUUGUGCUGACCCCUCCCGCCUUAAGUACCACAUGAGAAUCCACAAAGAGGAGCGCAAAUAUUUGUGUCCUGAGUGUGGCUACAAAUGCAAAUGGGUAAACCAGCUCAAAUAUCACAUGACUAAGCACACAGGACUGAAGCCAUACCAGUGUCCUGAGUGUGAGUAUUGCACGAACCGAGCAGAUGCCCUCCGUGUGCAUCAGGAGACUCGGCACCAGGAAGCUCGGGCCUUCAUGUGUGAGCAGUGUGGCAAGGCCUUCAAGACAAGGUUUCUGCUACGCACCCACCUUCGGAAGCACAGCGAGGACAAGCCUUAUGUGUGCAAUGUGUGCCACCGCGCUUUCCGGUGGGCUGCUGGCCUGCGCCACCAUGCCCUCACCCAUACUGACCGCCACCCUUUCUUCUGCCGCCUCUGCAGCUACAAGGCCAAGCAGAAGUUUCAGGUGGUCAAGCAUGUCAGGAGGCACCACCCUGACCAGACUGACCCCAGCCAGAGUGUGGGCAAAGACCCCACCACCCCAACAGUGCAUCUUCAUGACGUGCAACUUGAGGAUCCCAUUCCCCUAGCUCCUGCUGCCCCUGAAGGCUGAGCCAGACUUCUGAGAGGUCAUGCAUCAAGGGACAAGGGCUUGGAUCAGAACCACAUACUGGUACCGAGGAGGGGCGAGGAAUCACUGGCUUUGUCACACCCGCGAGGCUGGACCCCUCCUAGGACUGGGCAUAGGGUACUAUGAAAUGGACAGCUGUGUAAAAAUGACUCUUUCCAUACUUAAGGUGUCUUUAGUCCUCAGGAUCCCUAAGAUUUUCCUCUAGAAAUCCUGAAUUCAGGGGCUUGGAUUUUAUCAACUCUUUAAAGGCCUUUUCUUCUUACUUGUUAUGUCUUUCACUAUUCCAUCAUCAUCAGGACAUCUUGAUUAAGCAUCUAAAGGCAUGGACUUUGUACAAAGUAACUUAAACAGGAUGUGAUCUCUAGCUUCAGGUUCCUGUCUGUUUUUUCUUCACAUUUCUUAACCAAGCUGGCAUUUCAUUCUGCCCUUCCUUCUCAGACUGUUCUCUAAAUCCUUUCCAUCCCCACUGAAACACAGUAUCAGACACGAGACCGGUGCAAGCCUGUACACAGCUCGUCCUUGUCCCUGAUCCCUGUCCCCCCACUUGACUCACUCCCUUCACCCCAGCUCGGAGAAAGGCUUGGGCAAAGGAGGUUUUAGCAAAAAGGGGUCUUGGAGCAGAUAAACAGUUGUAUUUCCUCUUUUUCCAUAGGAAUCCCUAGCCCUGAGACACGCCCAGAAGCUGACCAGCAGCUUUCAGGAGCUGAAGGGCAAAGACCCUGUUGGGGAAAGAGGGCUCUGGAGGUAAUGGUCCACCCAGGGCCUUUCUCCGUGAUCCAGCAGCCUUAGGUGAGAUCUGGCUUCAGGCCUUUUCCAUCUUCCUUCCCUUCCUUCCCUUUUGUCAUCCACCCCACCAGGGUGUUUUUCUACUUCCUCUCUCAGCACCUUUAUUCUUAACUUCUCUGCCCAACUCUCAGGAAAGCUGGACCCUGCCCUUCCCUGCUGGGCCCCUUUUCUACCUUUUUCUGUUCUUCCUCCUCCAAAACAAGGACAAGCCAUGCUCAAGACUGAAUUAGGGGGAGGAACAGGAUUGUGUACACUGUUCUAGUGCAAGGCGCGGGCCUAGGAAGAAGGCCAGGAGGAGAUCAAGGAGAGGUCAGAUAGGAUGCCGUCCAGCAUGCAGUGACCUGGCUGUCCCACAGCCUCUACCCCAGAGGCUCUGGCUUUUUUCCCUUAGCACCAUACUUGUGGCAAAGGGAGCAGGGCCCUGCUUUGAAACUCCAGGUACCACUUCUGGGUUCCUUUGCUCCAGUGUGGGACUGAAAAUCCUAGAACUGGAUCAGGGUGGAGACUACAACAAAAGGAGCAACUUCCAAGGAGAGGAAGAUGAUGGGGAUUCUGGUGGUGACAGAAAGUAGGAAAGAUGUAAAAGGCCCAAGGAAGCUGAGACCUAAGAGGAGGGGGUGAGGGAUGAGGCCUCCUUUCCCAGAAUGGGGCAAGGCCUAGGAAUGCAAGAAGCUCCACCCAAUAUCCAGGAACUUGUGCUCCUAGGAUCGCCCCGCCCAGCCUUCCCUGAUACCUGCUAAGAAAGGAGAGAACCACCCACCUCAACUCCUGCUGACACUUGUCACUCAGUCUUCUUCCUCAUCCAGCUCUUCCCGAAUCUGGAUGUGCACAAAAAUGGAAGCUGGGUGGAGGCUUGUACCAUCCUUAGAGAGAAGAUGUAUGUGCCGGUAACCUGAAUAAGGAAUGAGCCCAGGAGAGAAGGGCCCAUGAUGAAUGAGCCCUGUCCCUUACCUAGACUGGGGUCAGGUUCACCCUGCUGAGGGACACAGGCUUGGGGAGGAGAGGCUUUAAAGGUUAGACCAAGAGGCUCACCUUGUUGGACACAGGUCCAAGGCAGUGUGUACUGACCCACAAAAUCAUUUCUUGAGGCCCUGUCAUAGUCUUCCACCACAAAUCGGAGGAGAGCAAGCUCUGGCACUCGCACCCGGAACUGCAGUGUCUGCCCCCAGUAGGGAUUAAAACCUGGUGGGCCAGGAGACAGCAUUGGCUCAGUAAAUGGCCACUGGCUUCCCCUCCCCAGCAGGGCGCUUCCUGGGGCUGGUCUUCCUCACCAUUAUUUUCCACAUAGCUGGUCUCCUGUCGGGCCGUGUCU